AGAAAGGUGAGUUCCUGUUUUUUUUUCCCUUCUCUAAUUCAGCAUCUCCAUCACCUACUUCUCCACUUUACCUUAAGUUUUAGUUUUCUAUCAAAUGUAAAAAAGAAAGAGAGACAGAAAGACAGAAAGAAAAAAGAAAGACAAAAAGAAAAAGAAAGAAAGAAAGAAAGAAAGAAAAACUCAACAUUCAGUUCUGAUUAUUCAGCUUUUCUCCCCAUUAUUAAAACUGGCCUUCAUUACAAGCUUUGAGGAACUGGAAUUUUCUCUUUCAUAGUAUUUCCUUAAAAUUUAAAUACUCUUCCACAGAAAAACAGGCCCAGAUUUAAGUGACGUGCCCAGAGGUAGAGAUGAGUCCUUUGGGGGAUGUGGUCUUGUUGAGGACCUACGUAUGUGGUUCCUAUUAAAGCCCUGUAGCUGUGUAGCAAGGCAUAUCACACUGAAAGGGGAGACCAGUGUUUGAUCAAGUGCUGUGUGGGACUCGCCUUUUUUCCUUUCACAAAAAUAUAUUCUACUUUUUGUUGCUAAAAGAAGACAAACUUUUUUGGUCUGGUGUUACAAAGGAAGAUAUUUUCCAACACAAACCAAGAUUAAUACUCAGCACCAGCAAAGCCUCUGGAAAACAAAGUAGUUUAGUUAGUGUGACAUAACAUAACACAACGAUGAACAGUGUGGCAGACUGGCUCGUGCAGAACAGGGACAAGAUCGAGAAAGGCGUGGAGAUCAUGGGGCAAGCCUCCGAGGUGCUCGCUGCCACUGUGGGCCAGCUUCACCCCGUCCUGGAGGCCGUGUUCGUGGCUUCGGCUGAGAUACUCAGCAACCCAGACAGUAAAGAGGCUCGCUACCUGACUCAGCAGUUUGAACUGGUCAACCAGCUACUCGAGGGUAUCCAAGAUGAGAUUGAUAAAAUUGCCCUGGCGCUGCAGAGGACCUCGUUGAACAAGCAGAACUUUGAUCGAGAGGCGCAGAUGCUCAGCCAGUACGAGAAGUUCCAAGACUUUGUCAACGCCAAGCCAAAGUUCAAAGAGAAGAAGAUGGAGAAAUUCAUCAGCCAUUACGAGAACACAGACGCCGACUUGAACUUGGAUGCCCUCUACAAUGCCGUCACUGGGGAGAACACCUCAGGAGACCCUAUGCUGGAGACAGUCGUCACCACAGAGCAGAGAAACAGAAGGGCAGUUGAGGAUUUCUGCGCCCGCCUGAAGAAGCUUUUUGUAGUGGGCAUUAUCGCCGUCAUGGGUCACGCAGCCCUCAAGGAAGGAGUGGUGGGGGAGGAGAUGGUGAAGAAGUGGCAAGAUCGGAUGGAGGAGGUGGAGAAACGGAUGAAAGCCGCUGUGGAUGACUGCACAGAGAACUUUGCCGUCCAAGCCAAGCAAGACAUGGAGCACCUGCUUCAGGAGAACCCCGGCACCGUUGACCGUGAAUUUACCAAAACCCUUCUGGAUUCACUCAUUAAGAAAUACGACUGGGUGAACUGGUCCAUCAGGGCCUUCAGCGAGAGGGAGCGCAUUUUCUUUUUCAACUGGCUGGCGGGAAAGAAGUGCCAUGGAAGCGGAGGAGCCAACUGGUUUGACAUUAUGACCAAGAACAAGGUCAAAGUGGUGGUUUCUUUCUGCGUCAACCCCAAGCCCAUUAACAAGAGCCAGAUCCAGGAGCAGAUCGAGUGUCAGAAGAUGAAGUCGGACAUGAUGGCAGUGGCCCUGGCUUUGAACAAGAGCUUCCCCAACUGUCUGGUCCAUGCUGUCAGCCAUUACAAGGAGGUGGUGGAGACUAACAACUUCCAUGAGGACUGUUACUACUAUGGAAAACACAAAAGAGCCUACCUGUGUGUCCACCCUGAGUAGGCUCACAGAGAAAAGAUAAAGUGCAGCUGGAAGAAGUGAGCUACACAUAAAUCCAUGAAUGUCUUUACCAGAGACCUGGAAAUGUUUCCAUUAAAUAUAGAAAUUCAUUCAUAAUUAUUGUCUAUGUCGAUGCAUAAUCUGCUCUAUAGGGGAUCUGGUAUGUGAUUCAGUGUCUUACUUGUAAUGAUUUUUAUUCUUUUACAUAUAUAUCUUUCAUCUGUAGAUGAUACAGCAGCUUCAGGGUGUUUUUUCAGAGUCAUACAUCUCCAUGCCAGCUUCAACUUAGUGUUAUAUAACGUAUAUGAUUCUAUCCUCACUGGAUAUCACUAGGGUUUGGGCGAUAUGACGAUAUUAGUCUGUUAGCUGCCAGAGACUUUAUCAUACAUUUAUACUGAGGCACCAUCGCCCUUCAAUCCCUUUAAUCCCUGUAACAUCUCAGAUUCUUGUGGGUAAUGCUGUAAAUCAAUUAGCAGAAAUACAUAAUGGAUGUUAUUGGAUUUUUAUGUAUUUUUUUUCUCUUUGCAUUAAUGUAAUGAAGAUUUGUCCAUUUGGAUUAGCCCAAAUAUUGAUUAUUUUGAGCUUCACAGUGUAUUACUGGCCUUUGAAGAGACAGAACGAGCAUGGAAUUUGUUUUCGAGUUGAGAUUGUUUUGUCAGCUGCUGUUUCUGAUGUCAAAAAUGAACCGUCAAACUCAACUUUUAAAGGCAAAGCUCGACAUUUUGGGGGAAAAAUACUCACUCAAUGGCUUUCUUGCCAAACAUUAGCAAAAAGAUCAAUACCACGCUCAUAUUUGUCCUAUAAAUACGAAACUACACCCAGGAAAUAGUUAGCUUAGCUUAGCUUAGGGUAAAGACUGGAAAAAAGCAGGUGUGUAAAAACACCAAUUUGCAGGUUUUGCACAUGAAAGUAUAAAGAGAACUGGAUACAGUAUUGGAGGUGGGGUUCAGUAUAUUUGCAGGGUUGUGACACUGAUUUACAGAUGUCUAAGUCUAAGGGAUAAAAUCUUUUUGGGCCUAACGGUAUCCCAUGAUGGACCCGGAUGUUGUAAUGUACGUUUGGCUAAUAUACAAAAUAGUCUUCAAAACCUUGCGCUGUUCCUGGUGGCUUGGUUAUUUGUUGGACUAUUUCUAUGUGUGGCACACAACUUCCUGUAAAAAUGCAAAGUGGGAUAAACUUAGUGUUUUGGAAGGAAUAAAUACCCUCCUGAGACCCUGCGCCCUCAUACGAGGACAUUACAUUUUGGGUUUACUGCACCUUAUACUUCACUCUGCUUAACUUAGACCUGUUGGUCUCAAGAUAAGACGCUGUUAAUUAGAAGGUACUCAGUUGAAGACAUAAGGAAUUUAUCAUCAGCUUGUUGAAGGACAUUUUGACUUUAUUAUUGUUGACAAUGUUUAUUUUUUUACUCUUAAGAGGUCCUACUGAUCCCAGUUAGCUAGGAGAAAUUAAAAAUGGGAACCAAACAAAAGUUCAGGUCUUAGGAGGAUAAAGCCUAUAAGAUGUAAUGUGUUUAGAGAUUUGCUGGCUGCUUUGCCAAUUUAUGCUAAGCUAAGCUAACCAUCUCCUGGCUGUAGCUGCAUAUUGUUUAAAGUGAGUAGCAGGUGGCACCUUGUAAAAGCCUCGUAAACCCGCUUGAGUUGUCAGAAGACCAUUUGAACUGCAAAGCGCUCUUCCAUUUAUCAAACAAGAUAAAACAUGUUAAUUAGUCGUAUAUAUUUAUGCGUUUUAACCCUUUGACAAAGCUUGCCGCUUUCAGACUUUAUGCUAAGCUAAGCUAACGUCUCCUGGUUGUAGCUACAGAUUUAGCACACAGACAUGAGAGUGGUAUAUUGCUUCUUAUCUAACUCUGUGAUAGGGUCAAAAGCUCCAGAACAAGACAGUAAUUGGACCUUGAAUUGAAAUUGUUUUGUCAUUUGUCACAUCCACUGCCUCAAUUGAUUUUCCAGAGAAUGUACCAAUUACACAGUAUAUCACAAAAGAAAUAAAUGACAUGUGCUGUGUUAGCAGAUUUUAUUGGCAUCGCCCACUCCUGCAUAUAAAUGUGUAUAAAACAAAAUCGACUAAUAUUUUUGCUGCUUUUGGUGCAAUAUAUUGCUGCAGGGCAAACUCUUAAAAUCCUUAUGCCACAAUCACUUUAUCAAGACACUUAUGUAAUAUGUUUGUAAUAAACAAAACAUAUGAA